AUGGUUUGUUCAUCAUCAAGUAAGGGUAUUAAGGAGAAAGAGGAGAGGCCACAUGUUUUAGCUGUUGAUGACAGUUUGGUUGAUAGAAAACUCAUUGAAAGGCUUCUCACCAACUAUGCAUGCAAAGAAUCAUCGGACUUGAAAGAGAUACCAGUAGUGAUAGUGUCAUCUAAGAAUGUCUCGACUCGAAUCAAGAAAUGCUUGGAAGAAGGAGCUCAGGAGUUCAUGCUGAAACCUCUCCAACAAUCAGAUGUGAAGAAGUUGAGAUGUCACAUGAUGAAAUUUAGAAAACCUUCUAGUGGGAGGCUAUGCAUGGGAAGGCUCUUAUGUAUAUUGAAAGAUGAACAAUCAAUGGCUAAGUGA